UGGCGCAGCGGUCGCACCAACUGCAGCGCAUGCGCCGUCGGUCUCUGUUGGAGCGCGUUUGAUGUCAUCAGCGGGUGAAAAUGGCGGAGGGAGACCUGAACGUAGACAGCAUAAUUUCCAGGCUCUUAGAAGUUCGGGGAUGCCGCCCAGGAAAGACUGUGCAGCUGACGGAGGCGGAGGUUCGCGGCCUCUGCUUAAAGUCGCGGGAGAUUUUCCUCAGCCAGCCAAUCCUGCUUGAGCUCGAGGCACCGCUCAAAAUUUGUGGUGAUAUCCAUGGCCAGUACACGGACCUGCUGCGGCUCUUCGAGUAUGGUGGCUUUCCUCCCGAGGCCAACUACCUUUUCCUGGGCGACUACGUUGACCGGGGCAAGCAGUCGCUGGAGACCAUCUGCCUGCUGCUCGCCUACAAGAUCAAGUACCCCGAAAACUUCUUCCUGCUUCGGGGUAACCACGAAUGUGCAUCCAUCAACCGCAUCUACGGCUUCUACGACGAGUGCAAACGGCGCUACAACAUCAAGCUCUGGAAAACGUUCACCGACUGCUUCAACUGUCUGCCCAUCGCCGCCAUCAUCGACGAGAAGAUCUUCUGCUGCCAUGGCGGGCUCUCCCCUGACCUCCAGUCUAUGGAACAGAUCAGGCGCAUUAUGCGACCGACAGACGUUCCGGACACGGGUCUCCUGUGCGACCUGCUCUGGUCGGAUCCCGACAAGGACGUCCAGGGCUGGGGCGAGAACGACCGUGGCGUCUCCUUUACGUUUGGGGCAGACGUGGUCUCCAAGUUCCUCAACAGGCACGACCUCGACUUAAUAUGCAGAGCUCACCAGGUCGUUGAGGACGGGUACGAGUUUUUCGCCAAACGCCAGCUGGUGACCCUCUUCUCAGCGCCAAACUAUUGUGGCGAAUUCGACAAUGCUGGUGGCAUGAUGUCUGUCGAUGAGACGCUGAUGUGCAGUUUCCAGAUCCUGAAACCCUCCGAAAAGAAAGCGAAGUACCAGUACGGUGGUCUCAACUCCGGGCGGCCCGUGACACCGCCUCGGGGGCCAGUCAAGAAGAAGUGAACGCCAGCUGUGGGAAAAGGGGUGAUGAAAAAAAAAAAAAAAACAUUGCAAAAGAGGACAGACAAUUCGAUUGCAACAAACAAGUGGCUCUAUUACCCUCCACCACCGAAAGCAAGAGCUACAUGCCCGCCUCUUCCUCACUCCUCCUCUGUUUCCACGUUGCUUCCGCCUCUUUCGCUGCCAGUUCGGCCGAGUGUCCUACGGAUCGUGCAGGCGCCCGCGGAACAACCCCGCGCUAUUUCCUGUCCUCAUUUGUAUAAGCUCGGUUGCCACCCUUAGGUCUCCUUUUCGAUGUGUACGCCUCUCUCAUCGCGUCAUUGUUUCUUGUGUAAAACGCUCAUCUUGCACCAAUGUUUAUUUUUUAAUUUUGUCAUCUUGUUUGCAUUCUUACCGUUUUUUUUUUUUUGUUAUCCCGGCCCCGCCCCUUCUUAUUUUGGUAGGACAUAUUACAAACGCUUUAGGCAUUGAAAGAGCACACACUGCAAGAGCGAUAUUAGUGCCUGAAGCGGUUAUGAUAUGAAUCGAUACAAGCUUUCCCGACUCAUUUUGUUGUAGUUUCGCGAGUGAUGUCGCUUGGUACGCAGAGCAUGAAAUGUUUUGGACUUCUUAUGAACAGGGUAGGGAGGGGGCUUGAACCUUUUGGUAACCAGCCUGCAGGGAGAGCAUAUGUUAGCACAGACGUAAUGAUGCCUCGAAACUCGUUUCCCUAAUGUGCUUUCUUUCGUUUUGUCUAAAAGCUCCACUAUCAUGGAGGUGUUACUUGACAAGACCUGAUCUGUUAGCGGAGAGGUGCAUAUUUGACUCUUCUUGUGCUGAGCUAGUCUACAAGAAACUUUCCUAACUUUUCUCUUGCAUGCUUUGACCGGUAUAGUUUGAAAUGUUUAUAUAGCGAGCACACUCUGAAAUAUGUGCCGCCAUCUGUGCUUAUCCUGAAAUUCAUUUUGGCUAUUUCUAAUGGUUUCAUUGCUGUUGACAAUCGAGAGCUGUCAACAUUUUGCCAACCACUGUGCUGACUAGGAAAGCGUUUUAUUAAGUGCAUUUGUGGCCGAUUCUUGUGUUGCCCAUUCUUUUUGUAUUAAAAGAGAGAGCCUUUCCCGCAUUCAUUUUUGUCUGACUUAGUGUAUUGCCCGUAACUUUUGCUGGGAAUGGAAUUGGGAUACUGGGGAGGUGGCAUAGUUCUCACAUUUGCCAGUUGUGUUUUAGUUUUCUGUGUGCGAAUCAGCCUGUUCGGACAGUCUAGUAGUCGAAAUUGAUGCUUUUCGCGUAGAUGACAUCUUUCUUCGGAUGCGUUUGUUUGCAUGAGUCGCCAGACUUGUUCCCACGUCAUUCGCGCACCUAGUCUGCAGUCUUGGCAGCAACGUGUCGUGUGAUAGACUUAACAUCACGAUGGGUUGCAAAGUGACAUCUAUGCUCGCACAGGCUACGAUAAAGCGUCUUUUGUGCGUUCGAAGCAGUUGAUUGUCGCAGAGAGGCAGCCGUGAAUCUGCACCAAUGUCUAAGCUACCGAACAUGUUUCGGUUUGCCUGCAAGUGUGGUUUUUCGUGGGAUAAAAGGUGUGCCCUCUAUCUGCAUUGUACACGCUGAAAAUCUGUUUGAAACUUGCAUCGGUAAUGUGACAGUGACUUGCUGGGCAGUGAAACGGGUUUCAAGAAGCUUUCCGUCAACGCUCUCUUCUUAUGCAGCCACUCUUUGUCGGGGUUGUCUCGUUUGCAACAGUUCCUUGUAAACAAAUUGCACUGAACUGCCUCAUUAGGAGUUCACUCUGAGGCGGUUACAGUGUAAUUUCGUAUCGAUGAAAUGUUGAAAACGAGCUCCCUCUUCAUCUAACCACAACAUAAAGCUCCACUGACGGAACGCUAAAAACGGCAAUUAAAACGUGGCACUUGUUUUCUGUAUCUUGCAGAGAAACGAAUCGACCUUGAAGCUGAUGUAGUAGAUUUCUAUUGUAUGCACUCGUAGAUUUUCCGUCGGACUAGCCCGUUCGUUCUUUUGAAAGCCGUUCGUACUAGAAGUCGUAAACCGCCCUGUAAAAUAUCUUGCUCUUGUUUGGAAAGGCGCUACUAUCACUGUUGGUGUACAGCUCUAGUGGGUUCUGAUAACCACACCUGUUUAAAACGAAAUCUGCCAUGUCUGCUUCGCAGGGAUGGGGUGAGAAGGGUUGGGGAGGGACGACAAUUAAGCUGGCGUCACGACUAGAAAGAGCCCGCACUGUUACUUCGCGGGGAGGAAUCUGAGAGCGCGCGUUUUCGUCUUCGCCGGAGCCUGCGAUGUCGCAUGGCCAUUGACGUUUCGAGGCUCGUUCGCGGCAACGAAGCUGUGGUUGUGUCUUGCUGUGCUUCAGCGCGGGAAGGCCAACUUGCGGUUGUAGAUUUUUGCCAUCUUGGCCGCAUUGAGGAUUUGCAUCGAUUGAAGGCGGCUUGCAAUGUGUAGCGGCCGCUUGAAAGUUUCGAGGUUGUUAAUAGAGGCAUGUCUUUCUCCUUUCAAAACAGAGGUUAAUAAACAGUUGGGAAAGAAA